ACGAUGCAAUGGCUACGCUCACUGGGAGGUGCUGGAAACAAGUAUGGGGUUGUUGUUAUAUUCAUCGUUUUAGUUGAUGCGGGGAAAAAAAUAAUCGCAUGCCAUAGCAGCGUUGUUAAAUUAUUGGUUUGAAUUGCUUGUCAUAGUCUACUUCAAACACAUUUUAUUGUCACUGAGUAACACAAUGGAUAUUAUUGAGACGGUUGUAACAGAGAGUAUUGAAGUAGAUGAAACUCCAACGGCGUCCAGUUUGGCUCCAGAUAAAUCGAAAGCAGAGUUUGUAUGGACUUUACAAGCCACAUGGCAACUUGUCCAAACCCGCCUCGAAAUGGACCAGGAUUUUGACCAGCCAGUGUGCAAGAAAAAGAAACUGUGGGAGACAGUGGCUGAGAGAGUGACUGCCAAGCUAAGAGCAGCUGUGAGCACAGAUGUCACAGUCAAGGCCUAUGAGUGUGAUCUGAAGUGGCGUAACAUGUUGGCCACAUACAGGAAAAAUGCUGAGAGGUCCAAGAGACUGGGGGCCCAGAGUGUCCACUGGGAGUUCUUCAAGGCCAUGCAUGUGGUCCUGGGGAAGAGUCGAGAGGAGAUCGAGGCACAGCGCAGGUCCAAACUCAACGGGACCAAGCUGGGCAAGGCUAUUGCCAGCAAGCGGUUUACCCCCAUCCUUCCUACACCCUCCAUGACAGCUGCCCCCUUUGCUUCCAGGCCCCCCCAGGAUGUCCUGCAGCUGUACAUGGAGCUGCAGGAGAGGAAGAUGAACAUGUGGGCCCAGCAGAAGGCCCUGGAGGAGAGGAAGAUAGAGGCCAUCAAUAAUCUAGCCCGUGCAAUCUCCAGUUUGUCUCACAGUCAAAACAACAGUUUCCAGCUGCCAGAGUAGCAGUACAGCACACCCGAGGAAAGGAGUUCUCACUGAACUAAAAACUUUUGGAUUUUGUGUAAUAUAUAGAAGCUUAUGCAUAGAAUGAAAGACUGCAUCAUGCAAAUGUUUCUUAAGCGUUCAACCUUUCAGCUACUUUGUGUUGUCAUGGUAUAUGUUUUUAUUAUGCUGUAAUAACACCAUUUGACAAAAGAGUUCACUGCAGGAAUUCCCUGUAAUACCUGUGAAUGAGAAGAAGGCUACACAGAGCAUAUUUUACAUAGAUCUGCCAUAGGAUACAAAUAAUCCUACAUAUGUAUAAAAUACAAGAUAUUACUGUGA